AUGGCCCCAUGGCGAUGUCCCUGUGUGUCCCCACGUGUCCCCAUCAAGCGGGGGUGUCCCCAUCUGCCCCCGUGGCGAUGUCCCCAUGAUGUGGGGGUGUCCCCACGUCCCCACGUGUCCCCAUAAGGUGGGGGUGUCCCCAUGAUGUGGGGCUGCCCCCCAUGUCCCCACGUCCCCACAUGUCCCCGUGUGUCCCCACGUCCCUGCGCCCCACACCCACGCUCAGCCCCGCCGCGUCCCUGCGUCCCCACGCCACCGCGUGUCCCUCUGUCCCCGUGCCCCCAGGUGGGGCAGGCCGUGGGGCAGGCCGUGGGGCAGGCCGUGGGGCAGCGCGGUGCCCGGCUGGCCGUGGGGCAGCGGCUGGCGGCGGUGGCCCGCAGCAACGCGGUGACAUUGGGGCGGCUGCGGGACGAGGUGACGGCGCUGGAGCUGGAGCUGCAGCACAGGAGACACCGAGGGGGGGGACAGCGGGCACGGGCGCAGCGGCGCGCGGCGGAGCUGGGGCGGAGGUUGGAGCAGAGGGAGAGGGACAGGGACAGCGCCCGGCGGGAGGUGGCCGAGGUGACACGGGAGCUGGGCACCGCCAGCGCUGGGCUGCGGCACGUGGCCCACCAGCUGCG